UCCUCCUCUCUUUUUCUCACAAAUAUGAUCAGCCUCAGCUGGCGACCGCGCCUCACCGCGUUUCGCCUCAUCGUUUGGCGCCAUCGGGAGAUGAGUUGGGAUCGCCCCGGUUCUUUUGGCGGGGCCGCCAAAAGUCUUCUCCUUUUCUCAGCAAGCAAUCAUAACAAAAAGAAAAAAGGGACAUAUUAAGAGGUCGGUCCGAGAAUCGCAACCGGAGAUUAAAGAUACCACCAAGUGACAUCUGCAGUCUGUACGAAAACAAACCAGAAGAGAAGGGUAUCUUUUCAGCGGUGAUCUAAUAAGAAACAGUCUCGGUCAACCGUCAUGCCUCACGCAGAUGCCUCGCAGUUCCCCUUGGGGCUGUCCAAGGACGAGCUGUACAAGGAGCUUCUCAUUCAGACUAAAGCUCUAUUGGAUGGACAACGGAAUUGGAUUAGUAACCUAGCCAAUGUCGCUUCUCUCCUGUGGCAUGCCUAUUCCUCUCUCCCAGAGCCAUCGAAUAAGGUGAACUGGACAGGAUUCUACGUGCGCGACGACAAAUUCCCGUCCCUUGCGACUCCCGUCUCCUCUGCCCGAAGCGCGACGGUUACAACCACCAUCUCGACGACGUACGCGACAUCGCAUCGACAACUGCUCCUGCUCGGUCCCUUCCACGGCAAGCCUGCGUGUCAGCAAAUCCUUUUCGGAAAGGGUGUCUGCGGUGUAGCUGCAGAGAAGAAGGAAACACAGGUCGUGCCGGAUGUGGAGGCUUUCCCAGGCCAUAUUGCCUGCGACUCAGCUAGCAAGAGCGAGAUCGUAGUCCCUAUUCUGGUUGGUGGAGAUACCGUCGCUCUUAUCGAUAUCGACUGCACCGAACCUGCGGGAUUCGAUGAAACCGACAAAAAGUACCUCGAAGAACUUGCCGACUUCCUAGCGACAGCUUGCGAUUGGUAAAAUAAUCGCGAAAGUGAAGAGACAGCUAUGCUCGUGCAUUGGCUUCAGUGGGCUUUUUUUAUGUUUUUAUUUUCCCCCCGCAUACUUUUGGAGAUAUAUAGCCUUGUCAGAUCAGAUUGCAUGGCGCAUUAUCCGGUUCGAUUGUCUAGCAGGUGUUAUUUGAUUCUCCAUACGCAUCAUUAUAUCUAUGAUAGCCAGCUACUUGGGUUUUUGCUUUUGUCCUUCCCCGUAUCCGACAGUAAAUAUGUGUUUACGAAGAAAAUUCGGACAAUAGCCGAGGGAAAUCCGAUAUACGUGAAACUAUUUCGAUCUCCUUGGGACGUGCGCGGCUAAUAUUAUGACGGAUAACUUAUGAGAAU